AUGGCAGGCCCAUCCAACACCAUCGACCUCACCAAGGAGCCAAAAGACCACCUCACAGCACUCCCCUCCGAGCUCCAGCACGAAAUCCUAGACUACCUCUUCCCCACUCACGACCCCGACGCAGCAGCCAAAGCAAACUACGUCGCGCCCUCCAAUCAACCGGACACCAAGCGCCAUCACUCCUUCGAUGCUCUCGCGGCAACCUGCCACGCCCUGCGAGACGGAACCUUCUCCUGGGCACGCCUCUGGCUCAUCCGCCACCAGGAAAUCACGAACUACCUCCCAGCACGGCCAGAGCUACAGAAGAAGCGCGACUUCCUCCGCGGCGGCCCGUCAGGACUCCUAAACUGGAUGGACCGCCACUGUGUCUUCUGUGGGAAGAAAAGCAUCCGGACCGCCAUCAUGAUGAACGGGCUCCGCUGCUGUCGGGACUGCGAUGGGAAGCACUGGCCGGAAAAAAUCACCAAGACGGAUGCCAAAGCGCAGUAUGAUCUCAAAGAGAACCAAUUACUGCCGAACCAGCAUCCCGCAGCGAAAAUGCUUAAUCGGCAUCCGGGUGGUUUGCCGGUUUUGAGAUACGGGACGUACAUGGUCUCGAGUGUGGUCACGACGAUGUUCAUGCGGAGCGAUGUUGAGGCGCUGGCGAAGCUAGCGCACGGGGAUUUGAAGGCGCAUUUUGCGAAGAGGGAAGCUGCGAGGGAGGAAAGGAAAACGAAAAUGGCUGAGAAUCGGGCGAAGAAGGUGGCGCAAGCGAUUCAAUUGCUGCAACAUGAGCGGUAUGCUGCUGACGGGUUUGUUGAGGUGCAGCGGACUUCGGGUACUGAUUGCGUUGCAGCAUAUGAUACUCGUCGUGCUCAUGGGGAGAGUGGGUCGGCUCACGGGACGGUCUCGAUGUGGGAGGUGGAAGGAGGGUACGAGGAGACGACAGCGUUGGCCGAGCGUGCGGCAAGGGAGAAUAUGGAGGAGGCUAUGGAUGCUUCGGGCCCAAUACCAUCAGAUGGUAGUGGGUUCAACGAGCUAGGACCGUACUCCGGGAUGGAGGCACUCUUCGCUCCCUUGUGA